UCGCUAUAAUGGCGGAAGUCGUCACGUUGUUGCCUUGUGUUCGCAGAAAGGUGUCAUGUGACACUCCUUAACGCGAGAAGGAACCCUGGAGAAGACGCGGAACACUUCGGAGUUUUUCUCUAAAUAUAUUUAAUUGUUGAGGGUUUGAGUUCCCUCGUGUAUCAGAGCGCAGAGGGAGACACCGGAAGUGUGAGUGGGCUCGAGCUGCGAUGGGGUGCUGUUACAGCAGCGAGAGCGAAACAACCGAACAGGAGAGAGACGAGCGCAAGCCGCUGAUUCCGCACCCGAACCCAGACAGCAAACCGCCGAACGGGACGGAGCGGAACCCGGCCAACAUCUCGUCCACCCGUACAGACGAGCAGGCCCUACUGUCCAUCAUCAACAAGACAGCGCAGAACAUCAUCGAUGUAUCAGCUGCAGACUCGCAGGGAAUGGAGCAACAUGAGUACAUGGACAAAGCCAGACAAUACAGCACGAAGCUGGCAGUGUUAAGUGGUACUCUGAGUCAGAAGAAGCCGCCUCCUCUUCCCUCACUCACUUCACAGCCUCACCAAGUGCUUGCCAGUGAACUAGUGCCCUACUCUGACAUCCAGCAGGUGUGUAAGGUGGCCGCGUACGCCUACAGCGCCAUCUCACAGAUCAAGGUGGACGCCAAAGAAGAGCUGGUGGUGCAGUUUGCUAUCCCAUGAUCCAUUUCUGUCAGUCUCUUUUCUGCCCAAUGCACCCCCCCCUCCCCCUUCCUUGUCCUAACUAAUCAGAGCGGGAUGAUAAGCUCCGCCUCUCGCUUAUCCUCCUGUCCUAACGCUGUUUUCAUCCUAAACGUCGUUUCGGUUCAUUGAUCAAGCAAACAACUCGCGCUGAAGGUAAAUGGUGGAAAUCAAUAAUUUUUUUUUGCUUUUCCUUCCUGAUAAGGUUUCAGCGACUCUUCACUUCGUCAGGGUUUCAGCCAAUCAUGCACAUGGACGAUUGAUACUAUUUUGUGCACGAAGUCUAAAUGUUGAAGGGAAAAAAAAAAAACAAGGCAGUGGGUUUGUUUCGCCCGGUUGUUUGUGACUUGCGCAUAUAAAAGCCUGGAACUUAUAAGUAUUACCUCAUCCAAUCAGAUGCAUCAUUUUUACCCCCUUAAUACCCCCUCCUCAUACCCACACACACCCAGAUAUCCCGGUGUCUUUUCAAUCACGUGGAUUUUGGGGAAAAGUACAAGUCAACUCUUCUCGAUUAACCUUUAAUUAACCCGUGUGUGUGUGUGUGUGUGUGUGUGUGUGUGUGUGUGUGUGUUCGUGUUCGGUUGCAUUUAACAACUCCACCACAGUUCGGCUAGCACAUUUCCGGACAUCAUUAGCAUAGUCGAAUAGCUCAUGAAUAUCCACGACUCCGACCCGAUGGACAAAAGGGGGCGCGGUUUACUAAUGAAUAUUCACGCUCGCAUGACGCUGCGCAAUAAAUACGUUACGUUUCCAAAUCAUUGAACUGAAGCAACGGCGGGCACGAGGUCUCAUUUAUGAAUAUUAAUGAGCUCCACUGGAAGAUUUGAUUGCAUUUUUUAUUUUGUUCAUUAACAUAUUUGUAAAGGGUUUAAAAGCAGAGGCGGAGUCUUGUCUCUGGAAAUUUAUUUGCUGCAGUUUUAUUUUUAUUUCAUUUUAUUAUUAUUUUUUUUUCCAGACCUUCUAAUGAGUGUUUGCCAAUUUCCUGAAAUGUUUCAGGAGCUACUGAUAUGUUUGUAAAUGUUUUUGUGAAUAAAUGAUUUGAAAUCCGAUGAACAGAGAGGAGUUUACAGAAAAGAGAGAGAGAGAGAAUGAAGUGGGCGGGGCCGAACUUGGCUUUAUAAAAUUGUAUAUGAUUUUCGGCAUGUAUGUAACAUACUGUAACAUGCAUACAGUGUGUGUAUGUGUGUGUGUGUGUGUGUGUGUGCGUGUGCGUGUGCGCGAGGAGUAUUGUGCUUGACACAACCUCAGUAACCGACGUUUUUAUCCAGAGUUGUGAAAGCACUUUUACCCUUUUUGCCUGAUCAGUCAGCACGUGCCAAUAAUCCAUUCUAUCACUUUAUAAACGUUUUUAAUCACCAUUUACAAAAUAUCAGUCAUUUAGGUGUUAAAUAUCACGUAAUAUAUUUAUACAAUCGAUUAUUGGCACAUGCGUAAUUCCCAUCUGACUGUCGGACCUCUUUUCCAUAAUCACCUGUUUGUAAUUAUUUAUUUUCCCCCCUUUCUUUUAACGUAUUUAUGUGGGCUCACACGUGUGUGUGUGUGUGUGUGUGUGUGUGUGUGUGUGUGUGUGUGUGUGUAUAUAAACUUUCACCAUGUCACAAAAGGGACUGAACACGCUGUAGCAGUUGUUUUUGUUAUUUUGCUUUAUGGCCCUUUUGUUCUGUUUGCGCACGGCGAUCGUGUUUUUGUUUUGUUUUUUCCCCUUUAGCUUAGAACCAAAUAGUUUGAUUUAAACACUGUUAAUACCUGCAUAUAGUUUUUUUUUCUUCUGUUGAAAGAAAUGAAGCAUUAAAGACUUGUAUAAAGAAA